AUGGCCACGACAGCAGAUCUGCGACAGCUUCUCGAGAGAUCUAGACUUCUUGCAAACAGCAUAUCGCAUCAGACGGAUUUGCCGUCAAUCGAAAGAAACUUAGAGCAGAUCGAGGCGCAAUCGCGUAGACUGGCAAGUAGAGUUACGAAACCAGGUGAAUCACCUGAACGCAGAGCUCCAUAUUUUUUGGCGGGAAUUGGUAUCGAUGGAGAAAGACUUACCGAAAACGUUAAAGGAAUCAAAGUACUCAACGCGUUUGAGCCGCGCGAAAUAUUGGCAGAUACUGACAUCACCAGCUACUUGGAGCACAAGUACAAGCAAACAGUCACUAGUGUUAUAGCAGAUGGGCGAGAACAGACUAUGCGAGAUUACCAGGAGAACUUUGAAAGAGCAAUACGGAUUGAUUGGGAAAAAAUGAAACGACGCGUUUUUGAAGAGUUAGGACAGUAUAAACCAUCAUCGAGAACAUCUGGCAUGGACACGGCUGGCUAUAUGGGAACUAUAGGAACUCCAUACCCUCAAAGAGUAUCAGCAACACCUGGUGGUAUGACGCCGGCCAGGGCGCCUAUCGAAACUCCUUCGAGAACGCCAGCGACAAUAGCGAGAGAUCGUCAAUCAGUGUUGCAACGGUCAGAAUCUCGGCUUCAAAUGAAUCAGAGAAUGAUGCUAUACUAUGACGUGGUACGAAGACUGAAUGAGCAUCGGUUACAAAAACGUGAUUUCGGAAUCAUUCAUUCGUUUUAUGAAGUGGCAAAGAAGAUCGGAAUCGAAUCUAAACAAAGGAUAUUGCAAGGAUGGAGAGCAUUAUCGAUGAUUGUUGGAGAGAAAAAUGUACUUGAAGGUCGAUUUCAGGGUAUCCCACUGAAAGAGCGACAGUUUGCAAAAGCGUAUAAUGCUCACCCAGAAUCCAGGCAUGCUGCCAAGCUGCGUGAAGAACAUGUAGCGGGAGCAAGGCAUUAUUUGGAAUUGGAAUAUAACGAAUGGUGUCAGCAGUUUAUAGAACAUUAUAGGACUGAAGCACAAUUAGGUGGAGUACCAAGUGUUGUGCAUACAGCACGCGCCUUUUUACGUGCAUAUCAUCGACAAAAUGGGGGGGUUUCAAUGACAUCCAUGGAUACAUUCGAAGGGAUUCCUCUUUGGGGACUAAUAUUCAACUUGACAAGGCGCGGGGAAUUAGUAGAAGCUUUAAAUGUGGCAAGAAGUUUAGAAAAAUGCAUAAAUAAGAAUGAUCUUGUUUUCUUAAAGUACUUUGAUGAAUAUGUGAAUCACAAACGUCUAAGUAAGAAUUCUCGAGACCAACUAAUGGCAGAACUCAAGAAGAGAGAUUUGUUUAAACAGAUGGAAGAUCCAUACAAAAUAGUAAUGUUAUAUUUGGUCGCGCAAGUCAACUUUGGCAAUGCUUCUUCUCUAUCAAAAUCUGUUAUACGAACAGUAGAAGAUUACCUAUGGUUCAAGCUCGCAAUAGUGCGCGAACCGCCCGAAGGCCACUCCCGAGAGCCAUCUCACGAAGUAUAUACGAUCCGCGAUUUACAGAAAGAGAUAGCUCAUGACGAAGUUUCGGAUAACGGCGGCGUGACAAAGGACUUUGUGAAUCACUUCCGGUUACUGUUGUUGUCAGGACAGUUUGAGAGAGCUGUUUUCUAUUUACACCAGACUGAAUGUGAUGUUGAAGCUGUGCAUUUUGCUAUCGCACUGGCUUAUUAUGGUUUAUUACGAGUUCCAGAGACGCAGGAUGCCGUUUCUUUAUUUUUAGAAAAGGACGAGCAGGCAUAUCUCAACUUCAAUUCUUUGAUGUACUUUUACCCACAACGCUUCUCACAAACUAACCCACGUGAAGCGCUUCAAUACACUAUUCUCAUGUAUUUAUAUGGAGAUAUGGAAACCGAAUUUGGGCGACAGCAGAUAGAGAUAAGCCAUGAUUACGUUAGGCAGCUCGUCUAUGAGAAUCAGGCAUUCAGCGAGUUAAUCGGGAGUACUGUGCUAGGCACGGAGGGCGAGAUUAAGAGGUUUACGCCAUUGAUAUUCUUGAGGACAGAGUAUGACUUUAAAGAUAAAAUCAUCAAGCCUCUUGCGCGGCAGUGUGAAGGUGACGGGAGGUUUAAAGCUGCUGUUAGCCUGUUUGAGUUAAUUCAGGACUACGAGAUGAUCAUUGUAAUCUUAAAUAGGAUGCUUGGUGAAUAUAUCUAUAACAAGUUGCACAAAAUAACUCUUUCAAAGGAAGACCUAGAGGAAUUGAAUCCAAUAGACAUUAAAGCUAUUUUUGAAAGAUACGAGGCACAGACUUUUAUUGGCCAGCAAGCAUAUCCAAAUCGAGUGCAAGAUUGCAGGAACUUGAUCAAGAUAACUGAUUUUAUGCUAUUAUAUGAAAACAAAGAUCAUGGCAAGGCCAUGGACUUGAUCGAGGAGGUCGAUAUUAUUCCGUUGGAUGGAGAUAUUAACAGAGUUGCUCGAUGUGCAAAUCAGCUCUUGAUGUAUGAUGAUUCGUUAAAAAGGAAUAUACCCGACAUUAUGUUAAUGGUUAUGCAGAAUAUGCAUGAUUAUUACGUUCAUUUGAAAACAACUGUCACUUCACACACGCUGUAUAAGAAUGAUGACGCGUAUUUGAAAAUGGAACAUCUACAGAGAAAAGCGCGUAACCUCGUCCAUUUUGCUGGAUAUGUAAAUGUCAAGGUUCCUCCAAACGUCUACAGUCAACUGAAUACUCUGGAAGUCUCGAUGCGAUAA